AUGGCACUAAGUCUGAUGGUGUUCCCUUUUAUUCCAGCUAGUAAUUUAUUCUUCCCUGUUGGCUUCGUUGUUGCUGAACGGGUUUUGUACACACCAAGUCUCGGUUUUUGUUUACUUAUCGGAUUGGGUUAUGACAAUUUGACUGGCUCCACCUCUUUUCAAACAAAGAACAUGGCUCAACCAAGGCCACUGGAAACGAAGAAAAUGCACAGUUCUAAACGUAAUAUUCAUUAUCGAAAAUAUUCACGAAUGCUAAUGGGACUGGUGAUCGGUGCGUUUGUGUGUAAAACUGUCCACCGGAACAAUGACUGGACUAACGAAUACAGUCUAUUUACCUCAGCUCUUAAAGUCAAUCCAAACAAUGCCAAAAUGUGGAAUAAUGUAGGUCAUUCUUUAGAAGCUGAAGGAAAAUUCUCUGAAGCACUUGGCUAUUUCAGAAAAGCCGUCGAUGUUCAGCCGAAUGAUAUGGGUGCGCGGAUUAAUGUUGGCCGUACAUACGUGAAUCUAGGAAUGCUAGACAAAGCAGAGGAAGCAUACUAUGGUGCAUUAGAAUAUUUUCCGAAACCGAGGAAAGGUCAAACAUACUACGCUCGUGUUUCUCCCAAGGAUCUCAUGGUCUUUAUUAAUCUUGCUAACCUGUAUAUCAAUAAGUCACCACCGAGGCUUGAAGAUGCUGCUGCUCUUCUGAGUCGAGCUAUUUCAUUACGAUCGGAUUUUGUAGACGCCUAUCAGAACUAUGGUAGUGUAUUGAUCAAAUUAGGAAAGUAUAAAGAAGCUGAAAAGGCGUAUAGACAGGCUUUAAUUUACCAGCCGAAAAAUGCAGACUUAAAUUAUAAUUUGGGAGUUGUUCUCCUAGAAUCUCAACAGACGGCGGAAGGAUUAUUGUAUUUGAAUACUGCUCUAACUUACAAUCCACACCAUCAGCCUUCUCUGUUCGCUGUCGCAUCAACACUUAGUGAAUCCACGAAUGUCAAAGACCAAAAUCAAGCAAUAGAUAUUUAUGAAAAUCUAAUAAAACAAAAUUUUGAACCAAUCAAAGUACAUUUCGCGUUGGGUAUGUUGGAAACUGAUAAGAAGAAUUAUACAAAAGCAGCUAAGCACUACCAAGAAGUGAUUCUCCUGGAGCCAAACCAUAAAGGUGCCUUGUUCAAUUUAGCUCUACUCUAUCGAAAUCAUCUUGGGAGGCCUAAUGAUGCCUGUGAUCUGGCUCUUCGUCUUAUUCAGAUUCAUCCUUCGCAUAUAAAGUCCUACCUACUACUCGGCGAUAUAGAGUUGACAGAAAAAGCUAAUGUAAAACAGGCAAAACAGUAUUUUGAACAGGCUCUCAAAUUAGACCCAAGCAAUAUCCAGGCAAAGCAUAACCUAUGUGUUGCCUUCGCAGAUGAGAAUGAGUUGGCACAAGCAGAGUCGUGUCUUCUAGAGGCAAUAGCCAUGACACCAAAACCUCAAGACUAUUUGCUACGUCAUCUUGAAAUUAUACGUGACCGUUUGCAUUCACGUCGGAAACAAUCCCUUGUUGUUCCAAAUAAUUGA